CCUACGCUCUUUAAGCGCUGGUUAAGAUCUUCAUGUAUCAACUUCAUGUUUAUUGGUACAGCAAUAUAUUUUCUUGUUUUUUUCUAUAUUCUUUUUUUUUUAUUUUUUGCUAUAUUUUUUUGUAUAUUAAAACGUGUGACUUUUAAAUGUGUUUUUUUUUUUAAAUUUGUUUGAUGAUAUUGAUCCUUACAUGGGCCAAAAAACAAACACCAGCAAGAAACAUAAAUUAAGCUAUGAUUCAAUUGAUUUUUAUUCCAUUUUUAUUUACUUUUAUUUACUUCGUUUGAACGUUGUUUUCUCGUUCUGUUCGUAGUUGUCAACAGAUUUGGUUAUUUUCUUUUUUUUUCCAAGCUUAACUGUACACCUGUUUCGAGAUAGGAAGAUGUAUUGAAUUGAGAUGUCGAAGAAGGUGCUUCGUUGCUUAGAAAAAAAAAACACGGACAGACAAGAUAAUAAAAAUGCGCCGUAUCAGUUCCCACUCAGAAGCAAUCAGCUAGAUCAAUGGCAAGUAGUCCCAUUUAUGCGUCGGCUUUCGUGCUGGCCUGGUGUGUCGAAACAGUGUAAAGUGCUGUAGCUUUUUUUGUUGUGAAAUAUUUAUGUUCCCUUGCACAUAAGGUGGUAAAGUACUUAGUAAACGAUCGCACUACAUUUUUUGAGCGCAGUGAAUCAUACCAGUGUGGCCAUUAUUCGUGGACGAAAAAACGCAUGCAAAACGCUGAAAGGGAAUAAAAAUUACGCCACUCGCUACAACAGUCUAUCGCGCCCUCGUUAUCACUCAGGGAAUGUCCGCCAACUUCUGUCACAGGCUUUGAAUGAAGUCAUUCUUGAAUUAGUUUAUUACACUACUGAUGGAUAUCAUCAAUAUUCGUGAGCGUAACAGUUGUUAAUGGUGCGCUCUUGAUUCUUGGUAGAUAAAAUUCCAGCUAGUGAUUAUGAAUAGAAUUGGCUGAGCUACUCGCAUUAAUACCAUCGUGCUCUAUAGAUAUGUUUUUGCAGGAAUUUAAGACACACCGAGUACAUUUCCGCAAAGAGCAAAAUAGUUUACUCAAGUCCACAUUUCAACAGUACCAUUCAAUAUACUAAAGCGCACAUGCUUGCUUACCUCUCGAAGGCUUACAAAUAGAUAACAAAUUUCAAGCCUAAUUCAGCUUUAUAAGUAUGAGGAGGGUUUUUUUUCUUUUUCAAACAUCCAACAAUCACCCUCAACGACAUGCGAAAAUGGAGAAUGAGAACCGGUUUACGAUAGGAAAAGCAACGCCUUUAUAGCCUUUAUAGAGUCAAAUACAUUCUGACUUACUAAUUUUAACUUCACCACCAUCGAUGAUUCACUAGCAGCCGUUAAAAACUUUGUAUCCUUGAACUAAAUUCACCUCCACAGUGUCGUGUGGUUGCAAGUUCUUGAGGGGUUUGGGUUUGUUGAAUUAUGAAGGUACGAAGAACUAGUGCCUCUAAGUUGACAAUCCACUACUAAUAUACUACCAUAAUAAUAGUACUAAUAAUAGUACUAAUGAUAGUACUAAUAAUAAUAGUACUAAUACUAAUAUACUUUUGGGAUUCGAAUUUCAACUGCUUUUCUCGCCAUUAAAGUUUCCACAGUUGCGCACGUGCAUUCUACAUUGCGCAUCGGUGUGUUUCCCUCCACCGAAAGCUCGCACCGAAAUCGCUCGCUAGCAGCAGCAGCGGCAGUCGAGUGGAAGAAAAAUGGUCGUCAUUAUGAUAAGCGUAACUGCGGGGAAGCUCGCAGAAUAGUGUGUUGUCGCUGGCUGGCGUGUCUUAUCAGCUCACCACCUGAGAUGGUAUACUUGCGUUUGUUUUCAUGAGUGUAGUAUUAUUUUGGCUGCCGGUACGAUCGUACGUGUGCUGGUCAGUUUACGCGCCUUUCACUGACGGUACGCGACAAUUCGCCGGCAUUGCCGUUUUAUUGCCGGGCGGUAAUUGUUCCACGCAAGCGACUCCGCGUAUUCUGCGUUUGGUGCAACGCGAUAAAUCAUAACGUGCUGCUGCUGGUAGUGAGCCAUAGCUCUGUGGUGUGGAUAUUGGAACUUGGAAUUUUUUUGGGAGAAUUUAUCGAAAAUCUUAAGAUGGAUGCUAACUUCAAGCGUAAAACUAUUCAUCGCAGUAUAUCGCUGCUGCUGCGUGAUAUUGAUCAGAUGUCGCUGAGCGAAAUCGGCACCUCCAAUCCUGCACUGAACUGCGAAGAUACCGGUACGGCAUCUGAUUCCACUGCACGGCAUGAUCAUGCGGGUUGUCUUACCGGUGACCGGGGUGCUUACGGUACUGGAGGGAACGGUGAGGGAGGCGGUGGUACAGGUACAACAGGAGGCGGCCAUCAUGAUGCUAGUCUGGCCUGUUACUCGAUCCGUAGCGAGCCGGAAGAGUACGACGAAAAUCUGGACGCGCCGGAUUCGGUAACCUACCUGUCGAUCGGUGGCAACAAUCCAGUGCUGGUGAUACGUGAGAGUGAUGCGGACAGCGUCAGUCCCGCAUCCGAGAUCCCGUACAACUUCGUCUACAAUACGCCGGUGAAGUUUGAUUCGAUGCGCCGCCACAUAUUCAUCCCGGGGCUGGAGAUCAUUGUGGAAAUCAUUGACUACGAGCGUAGCCUAACGUCGCACGUGCUUAACCCCAACCUAUACACAGUAAAGCUCACACAUGGACCAUUUUCCUGGACAAUACAGAAGCGGUACAACCAUUUCAGAAAUUUACACCAGCAACUGACGACGUACAGGACAUCACUGCACAUUCCCUUUCCGACGAAAAGCCACAAAGAACGACGAGAUAGUUUCCGGAAUAUGCAUACUGUGCAUCAGGCAACGGCAUCGCCUGCCAUGCAACAGAAGCUUGGUAAACCGUUGAAAAAGAUCAAGAAAAGUGCAUUGCCACGAUUUCCACUCAAGCCGGACUCACUCGUUUCGUUCGAUGCUAUCCCGCAGCGAAUCAAACAGCUCGAGGAGUACCUGUACAAUCUGCUUAACAUCUCACUUUAUCGGAACUUCCACGGAACGAUCAACUUCCUGGAAGUGUCACACAUUUCGUUCAUAUCUGCACUGGGCGAGAAGGGAAAGGAGGGACCGAUCAAGAAGCGCACCGGAUCAACUCGUCCCGGACAGUCGGGAUGUAACUUUUGCGGAUGUCUUGCCGGUGGUUGUUGUGUGCGCUGUAGCUACUUUUGCACCGAUGUGCUCUGGAGCAAGUGGCGCAAUCGGUGGUUCUUCGUGAAGGAAACCUGCUUCGGGUACUACCGGCCAAAGGACGGUGUGCUCCGGUGUGUCGUACUGUUUGACCAAGGUUUCGACAUCUCGUCCGGGAUGUACAGUACGGGCAUGCGCAAUGGAUUGCAGAUAGCAACGAAUUCGCGGUAUCUCGUCAUCAAAUAUCCAACGCGUCGCAUGGCCAAAGAGUGGAUGACACACAUGAAACGGGUAUCGAAUGAAAGUGCGCGCGAUUUUACGCUCCCGAAUCCUCACCAAUCGUUUGCACCGUCCCGACCUGGAGUUCAGGCCGGAUGGUUCGUGGAUGGGGCAGGAUAUAUGAGCGCGGUGGCCGAUGCGUUGGAAGGCGCAACGGAAGAAAUUUUCAUCACCGAUUGGAUGCUCAGCCCGGAGAUCUACAUGAAACGACCGGCGAUCGAUGGUGAUUACUGGCGGUUGGAUAAGAUCCUGAAGCGUAAGGCGGAGCAAGGCAUCAAGAUCUUUGUGCUGCUGUUUAAGGAACUGGACUUUGCGCUAGGCAUUAACAGUUACUACAGCAAGGCAAAGUUGGUGGAACAGCAUGAGAACAUAAAGGUUCUCCGCCAUCCGGAUCACGCCCGAGCUGGCAUAUUGUUUUGGGCGCAUCAUGAAAAGCUGGUCAUCAUCGAUCAAACAUACGCGUUUGUUGGUGGAAUCGAUUUGUGUUACGGUCGCUGGGAUGACUACCAGCAUCGACUGACCGAUCUCGGAAGCAUUUCAUCGUCGACGAAUAGCUCUGCCAACAAUACCACUACCCGCAAACCAUCGACCGUGGUCGAGCUGGACGAGAAUGGAUCUGUGGCGAAUUUGCUCAAGUCUAGUAAAAACAUUGCCAUCGCAACGGCAGUCGACCGACAAGCGCCAAAAUCCGUCACGGAUACUUCCGCCUCCAAAUCCGCCAAAGAUGGCACACCGAAUGGUAAACAAAAGCUCGCUCAAAAUAAACCAGAAGCACCGGCAGCGAUGGGUGAACCACCAGACAAGUUGCUACAAGCAGCUGCACAAGCACUCGGCGAUCAGCAGCUACCGGCGGAAGAAAGAGACGAGCUGCCGGAAAACAUUAAGCAAAACACUCCGGAAAUGGAGCGUCGAAACAUUAUGGGUAUGAUCAAGGAUAUGGGGCGGGAUCUGAAGAAUCGUAUCACACUGUCGGAGCAUCCAGAACAUCCGCACGGGACGGAUGUACUGGCGGCAGGCGGUGGUACAAAGAGUAACAUCGGUAGUCCGGUUUAUCUUUCCGAGGAGGAACGUCGCAAAAAGCAGCUCUACGGUGGAGAUAAGGGUACGAUCGUGCACGAUAUGGUCAGUCCGCAACCGUUCAAAAAUGCGCCCAUCUUCGAGCUGGACGGACAAGCGAAGCUAUGGAUUGGCAAAGAUUACAUUAAUUUCAUCGUUAAAGAUUUCACAAACCUUGAUAUGCCGUAUGUGGAUUUAGUCGAUCGUUCGACGACAGUCCGAAUGCCAUGGCAUGAUGUGGCAACUGUCGUGCUAGGUCAAGCUGCCCGGGAUGCUGCUCGCCAUUUCAUUGAACGGUGGAACGCGGUAAAGCUGGAAAAGUGUCGCGAAAAUGCCAACUAUCCAUACCUGCUGCCAAAGAGCUACAAUGACAUCCGCGUAGACAGUAAGUUCCUGAACGUGCCGCUUCAUCACGUCACCUGUCAGCUGUUGCGCAGUGCGUCCAGCUGGAACUGUGGCUUCAUCGAACCGGAACACGUAGAACAGAGCAUCCACGAGGCGUACGUACAGACGAUUUCGAAGGCACAGCAUUACAUCUACAUCGAGAACCAGUUCUUCAUUAGCAUGGAGCUGGGGAACAGCGUGGUGAAGAACCAAAUAUCGGAAUAUCUGUUCAAGCGAAUCGUGCGUGCACACAGGGAGAAGAAGGUGUUUCGGGUGUAUGUCGUGAUGCCACUAUUGCCAGGAUUCGAGGGUGAUGUUGGUGGUUCUUCGGGUAUUUCGUUACGAGCGAUUACCCACUGGAACUAUGCGUCUAUUUCGAGGGGAAAAUCAUCACUUCUUGAACGGUUACGAGGAGCCGGUAUCCAGAAUCCGUUUGACUACAUCUCGUUCCACAGCUUGAGAACAAACUCCACGCUCAAUGGAAUGCCCGUGACGGAGUUGAUUUAUGUGCAUUCUAAGCUGCUGAUUGCCGACGACAAGGUUGUGAUCUGUGGGUCUGCCAACAUUAACGAUCGUUCGUUGUUGGGCAAGCGAGACUCGGAAGUUUGUGUUAUGAUAACGGACGAAUCGUUCGAAGAAGGUCGUAUGAAUGGUGAAUCGUAUCCAUGCGGUGUCUUUGCUGGGAAGCUGCGAAAGUUCCUGUUCCGCGAACAUCUUGGUCUGCUGGAGUCGGACCCAAAACGUGAACCGAUCGACGUGACAGAUCCAGUAAUUCACUCGUUCUGGAAUGACAUUUGGCGACGAACGUCCCGUCGCAACACGCUCAUCUACGACGAAGUGUUCCGAUGCAUCCCAUCCGAUAAUGUGCAAUCGUUCGCCAUGAUGAAAAAGUUUCUGGAGGACAAAAGUUUGCUCCAAUCCAACCCGGAUGGCAUUCAGCAGGCCGUUGCACGUAUCGAAGGCUAUCUUGUAGAUCUACCGCUGAAGUUUCUUUGCAACGAAAUACUUACUCCACCCAACACGAGCAAAGAAGGUUUCAUGCCUACCUACAUGUGGACAUAGAAAACGAAGCACUGGUCCGCAUUUGCUACUAGUGCUGCAACUGUCCAUUCCUCACAAUCAUCGUACCGUGCUGUUUUUUGUUUUCUCUAAUGGAUGGUGCCACGCUUUAAAAUUUACCUGCUACGUGUUUGUAAUGAGUUUGUGCGUAUUUUUUUUUAUUAUGGAUAUUUAUUUGCUCUCGUAUUAUGUGUAACGAACUUUGUGAACAAAAAGGUUACCUUUUAAAUGAAACAUUCACCCUCGAUGUAGUGCACUUUUGUGUAAGCAAGAUGUCGUUUACGUGUUUAUCUAGUUUUUACAUCAAACCGUGUAUUCUGCCGCGCAUCUACAGUCUACACAUUAAAAGUUAUUUUUCUGUCUUCCACGCACCAAAAACUCUUCGGCUCAAAACUCGGUUCAAGUGCAAUUGUAAAACAUAUUUCAACAGCAUGCCACAAGCAGGCUUAAUAGAGAGAGAUUAAAACAAUUAAAGAAGGAUUUUUUUUAUGGAAUCAGUACAAGGGUUUAAAACCGAAAAUAAAAACAUUCACAUUUUACUUAAAUUGAAAAA